AUGCGAGACGACGACAAGGAUCUACUGGAAGCGGAGGCAAAGGCGCGAAAGCGCGUGGCAGAUCGCGCCAAGGCCAAGGCGGCCCGUCGCCCACAGAGUGAGGAUCCCGAAGACUGGCAGGCUGGUGUUGAGCUUUCAGUGCAGGCGGAGGAGUCGGCGAUAGGGUGUGGAUCGGCUUGA